AUUCACUUUCUCGCUUGAUUCGGUCUCUCUCUUCUUUAAUCAUCGAUAAAAGCAAAGAAACAAGAUCGAAAAAGUUAGCGUUAAACAAUCUCCACUUCUCUCUCCCACAAGAAACUGCUUCUUCUGACUUAGGUUUCGAUUACAACCGUUCAUCAUCUAUGGCGAACAUGAACACUCUUCAACAGAUGAUCUUCCCUGACGAGAACGCUCCGAUUCAUCGCAAAAAGAGUGUUGCUGCUGCUUCUGUUAAGACCAAAGGAACUGUACUUGGUCAGAGGAAGAAACCUGUAGGAGCUCGUAAGGCUCUGAAUGAUAUCACAAACAAGUCUGGUGCUCAUCCCAAAGCUUCUUCUAAGAACAAGCAACUCGCGUCUGCUGCAAAGGGAGAAAUCAACAUAGCUGGAGAGAUGUUCUUGCAUGAUCACAGCAAGUGCAUCAAAGAGCAGCAGAGUCUCUGGGACGAUCACUUCUCUGCUGACAUUCUACUCCACCAUGAUUCUUCUAGCGUCAAGGGAAAGCAUCCCAAGUAUGACACAGAAAUGAUGGAUGGUAAGAACAAUCUGACUUGUGAGGAACCAGAAGAGAUUCCAUCCCCCAAGCUGACUGAUUGGCUCAAGAGCUCAACCCCCUGGCGCUCUCCAAUACGUCAUGGCUCUAUGGUGAUGCCUUCCACUCCUCUGGCUUGGCGGUUUGAUUCAGAUGAAUUCACUCUCAAGGAAGACUUUGACGACUUCUUCUGAAUGUCUGUUUCUUAAGUGUCUUUAAAAGCUUUUCAUCCUUCGGAUGAAGUAGCAGUAGUAGUAGUAGCAAGCAACUAUCUUUUGUUUCAGCUCAACAAUGCUUCAGUUCUUUAUGUACUUAACAACUCUUGUGUCUAUCACUCUCUUUAACUGAUUUCAUAAGUUGGAAUCUUUUCAAGCGUAUGAGCAUUCUCAUUGGCUGAGUUUCUGAUUGA